UGAAAAUUCGUCAGCAGAAAUGUAAUGGCCGUCAUUGUCUUGUGCCCAUUAAGUCGUUUAAGGCAAUCGUGACCAGUAUCCUGGCACUUGAAUACACAGAGUAUAAAACACGACAGUGAAUACAAGUUUCUGACCGAGAUGCAGUCCAUUUAACGUGUCCUUUAAAAAUCAAGAAGAUGAGUUCCAAUACGAUCUCAGCCCUAGCUCUUUUAGGAAUCAUUCUAAUGAGCAUGAUUCUUCACAGCCAAGCAUUUACACCAGCAGGUAUUAGUCAACUUUCUCGACUAAGAAGCAAACGAAGAGAAAACUUUGAUGUCUCUAAAUGCGAAGAGGUAAAUAUUGUUAAGAUACAGUAGAAGCUUUCUAGCAGAUCUAAAAACAGAUCCACAAAAGGCUCGUUUUAAGCUAGUGGUUAACUUAAAACUAUAGCUCAAAGGUAGCAAGGCGCUUUUGGAUAAGGGAUUUUCAUAUGUCAGCUGGGAAAAUUCGAUUUGAAGACUCUGAGCCGUUUUCACACGGAACUGUUUGGUGAAUAAGAAUAAGAAGGGAGCAGUAAAGUGUAAACUUAGCAUGGGAACAAUUAAAGGUAAACAGAAAUUAAUUCUGAUAAGUAAAAAUCAAAUAGUGCUUUAAGGCUGCCAAACACCUAUUUCGAUUUAUCUCUUAAAAUCGACAUUAAUGUCAUGUUCGCUUUAUGAUUUCUUACGUUCAUGCCAGAAAACCCAGUCUUUGAAUUCAACUCUUGAACUAAAUUCAGUUACCAGACACACAUGUACUUGUAUGAUUGGCUAAAAAAUGAAACGGUCAAAAUUAAUACUUAUCGUUCAGAAAUGUCGGCUGAGUAGUUAAAACAUGGUGUCGAUGGUUCAUAUUAGGCAGCUUUCUCUGAGGCUGCUUGCGAGUGAUAUGCCGGGGUUUAACCAAUAGCUGAGAAGUGCGCAAAAAUGUAGUAUGUUUUUGGGGCUAUACACGAGAUAACGGAAUCAGUUCGGAAUGAUUUUCGUUCCAGAAUAAAGCUCGUGCUGCAAUUAAAUGACAAAAUUGAUCUGCUCAGUCAAAGACGGUUUUGUCCGCAUGUUUCCGUGGAUGAACCUACGCAUGCGUCACUUGCCCCAGAAUUCACGGUUUGCGAUUUGCUGUUGUCAUCAUUUGCCUUAGUGAAUGAUACUGAGGCGAGCGUAAGAACUCUUUUUGUGAGGCUUGAUAGUUAUAUUUUUCAUUAGUUAUUAAAUUAAUUAAACAACAAAAAUAAGAGUUCAGCUCAUCCAAGUCUAGAAAUUUUGGUACAAUCAGCAAUUAAUUUUCAUUUUUCAAUUUUUAUCUAUAAAGCAUCUAAUCCGCUGCACAUCAAAUAACUUGUCUCAGAAGAGCUUUGAGAAUAAUGACAGUUUUGCUAAAUCAAAUUUCUCAUAAUUAAACACAAUCAUGCGAAUGUUCUAAUAAUCAACAAAUCAAAAUCACUAUUCGGGUUUCAGGAAGUGACGUCACUGGACAGCAUCAGCGGCUAGUUGAUUCAGACGUCUCUCUCGGGAGUUUGAAACUAGAGGAGACGGCUGAUUUUCAGGGUAACAACCGGAAAUUAUCCAAGAAAAUUUUACAGAAACGUUACUGCAAAAAGGAGUCUCAAAAGUCACAAACCAGCGUCAGUGUUAUUUUGUUUCUGACACAGGUUUCCAUGGGAAAGUUUCGAGGUUAUAAUGAGUGGAGAUAAAAGUAAUUUUUUCCCUUUGACAUGAUAUGAUAAAUUUGACCUUGCGAUAAGUUUAUUAUUGCUACGUGCGAUAGCAUUCAGAACUACAGAAAGUUUUAAAAGAGGGAUUGAUAGUUAAGACUAAGUGAACCUGAUAAUGUAUAUUUCUAUGGAUUUUUUUGCGAAAGGUUUUAUAAGGUGCCAUGGAUUUCUGCGGCCGUACCACCACUCAUCAUUUAGUACCAUCGUAACUUGAUUUCAUUAAUCUUUAUCUUUUUUUCCUUUUCCAGGUCAAAGCUACAAUACAGGCUCUGUUAAAGGAAGUAAUUAAUCUGCACUGUCCUUCAAGGGAAAGAAGGAGCAAGGACACUAAUCAGAAGUGAAUAAAGACUACUGGCCGUGAAUGAAUUGCUGACAGAUUUCGACCGGCGAAAAGUGCCAAGCUGUUAGAAUGGCGUCGAGUUUACAAAAAAAAACGAACGAAAGCCAUGACGUAGAGCUUAAAGUGAUACGCUUCAGAUAACGCUUAUGAAAGAACUCAUAUUCUUAACGAUGUAUAAAUUUAAUAAAGAAAAAUAACGAAU